GUGUACUAUAUCCAUUAGUCAGUUGCUCAGCUGGUGCUUUCAUGGCCGAGCACUCAGCACAGCGCUCAAGCUCAAGCCUCAAGACGACUGCUUUUAAAGUUAUCGAAUGGCACGCUUGAAGUUUCGGUUGGAAGAUCCGACAAGUGCUAUUGCCGUUCGAAUUCCUCAAAUAACAACUGUUGUCUGCCCCACGGUUGUUCGCAUGCACUGGCAUUCGCCGCGUACCGCUCUACUGUACAGCUGCCAGGCACAUAGGUCACGAGUACAUUCGUGCCUCGCGUACAGCAUCCAUGUAUAUUGAGUUGCACUUAAGAUAUCAUUGACCAACUUGAGUACCUAUCUUCUCUUCUUACACUUUUAUCUUUCUCGCCUCCACGAGGCUCAGGUUCCACCAUACCAAUUCUUAUUAUUCCUUGACCGACAGAGUCAUUUUUGAAGCCCAACUCCUACCUACACAGCGAUCUCACUUUACUGAAUAGAAAUGCCUCAAGUUCGACUUCACGAAGCUAGUCUCGUAAAUGUCGUGACAUUAUUGGUCAUUCUUGAGCUCUGUGUUUCUCAAGUCUAUGCAUCUUGCACGUACUCGGAGGAUUCGACUUACUGCACUCCAACCUUCUCCACGCCGAGUAUCGUUGGCGUUAUUAUUGGCGCAAUUGCUCUCAUGAUAGUUGUCGGCACUAUCAGCAGAAUCCGUCGCCGCCGAAGACUCCGUCAAAGUGCUGCCUACAUCCCUGGAGGAACGACGACCGUUGUGUAUGGAGCACCCAGUAACAGCUAUUACAACACACAAUCAAAUGUUUUCCAUCCAUACCCCACUCAAGCACAAGGCCCUCUUGGCCUACAGUCAUCAAGACCUGUCCCCAGUCAGAUGAAUUCGUUGAACCGACAAGGAAUGACUCCAGCACCCUCGUUUCCUCAACCAUCACAUUCAUCUCCCAUGACACACUCUCCACGCACGCGACCACCGACCAUACCUUCUCCAACUCACCACUCAUAUCCAAACCAGAGCCCACACGUUUCACCACCCUCUUCGCCAGAUUCUACCCGCCUACCAGGCGGUUCGUUUCAACUACCCCCCAAUGUUCCCACCUCUCAUUCUUCCCCUUCGACACAUUCACGAGUCUCCGCUGAUCCAUCUGCUGUCCGAACACCAUCCAUCAGUGUCACUCCAGCAGCAUACCCCCCUUCACAGGCCACAUCCGUCGGGCGUCCAUCACGUCCAGAGAAUAUGGAGAUGCAUCCGUUGACAGCGAAGACGGGGGUUGCAAAUGAUGAACCUCCACCAGCUUAUACCCCAAUUUAACAGAAUGAAACAUCCAAAGGAACUUUCGUACGAGAUACCCAAUUUUUAAGCAGGAACUUAAUAAAAUGUAUCAAGAACACUGUCCAGUAUUUCAUGUUUUCUUGGAAAAUUUCUCGGCGACCUGAUAUCGUUUCGCUGUGCUCCCCCGCUGGCUAGC